GGCCUCAGCCGCAGCUCAGACUCAGAUGAUCGCAGAUUUCAGAGAGAAGCAGACGAGUACAAACGGAAACGUCGAAACCAUUUUUGUGUUCAUUUGGGGGAAAUGGCUGUACAGGACGUUUGGAACCGCCUGAGGCAGUUUGAUGCCUACCCUAAAACUCUCGAAGAUUUCCGAGUUAAAACAUUUGGAGGAGCUGCAGUGACCAUCGUAAGCAGUAUUAUUAUGAUCACACUGUUCAUAUCAGAACUGAAUUUCUAUCUUACAAAAGAGGUUAUUCCAGAGCUUUAUGUGGACGCAACUAGAGGCGAGAAACUCAAAAUCAAUAUGGAGAUAGUAUUCCCCAAAAUGGCUUGUGCUUAUCUUAGUAUUGAUGCAAUGGAUAUAUCAGGAGAACAGCAGUUAGAUGUAGAUCAUAACAUCUUCAAGCGAAGGAUUGACAAGACCGGAACUCCUAUUAGUGAAGCUGAGAAGGAGGAACUAGGAAAGAAAGAGGAGGAAGAAUCAGAAAAGAAAGAAGAGGACCAGAAAGAAGAGAAGAAAGAAGUAUUAGAUCCAAAUCGAUGUGAGAGUUGCUAUGGUGCAGAAACAGCCGAUUUAAAAUGUUGUAAUGAUUGUGAGGCAGUACAGGAAGCUUAUCGUAGGAAAGGUUGGGCUUUCAGUGAUCCUUCCAACAUAGAGCAGUGUAAGCGGGAGGGCUUUGCCGAGAAGAUGCAAUCACAGAAGGAGGAAGGCUGUGAAGUAUUUGGGUAUCUAGAAGUAAACAAGGUUGCUGGUAAUUUCCACUUUGCUCCAGGAAAGAGUUUCCAACAGCAUCAUGUCCAUGUUCAUGAUUUACAACCUUACUCAGGAGGAAAGUUUAACAUGACACAUCACGUCAAAACAUUGUCGUUUGGAAUGGAGUAUCCUGGCAUGGAAAAUCCUCUUGACAAUACAAAGAUCAUUGAUGUUAAAGGUUCGUCCAUGUUUCAGUAUUUCGUCAAAAUUGUUCCUACAACGUACACCAAACUGGACCAAUCUAUAACGAGAACAAAUCAGUAUUCCGUCACAAAACAUGAGAAGCAAGUAACGACAUCGUUUUCAACGGGAGAACAUGGUCUACCGGGUGUCUUUGUUCUAUAUGAACUGUCUCCACUUAUGGUUAAAUUUAAAGAAGUAAAUAGGUCAUUUAUGCAUUUCUUAACUGGAGUGUGUGCUAUCAUAGGGGGAGUUUUUACAGUUGCUGGACUGAUUGAUUCCAUGAUUUACCAUUCAGCUAAAGCGAUACAGAAGAAAAUUGAGCUUGGGAAAGCUUUAUAGCACUUUAUCUCUCGCUUUCUAGGCAUAUGUACCAUUUCUUUAUGUGUAUGUUCUCCAUGAAAUAAUCAUGGUUCUUAAGGAGAAUGAAACCCUGGAAGAACAAUUGAAAGACCUGUAUAAAUUGGAAAACCUAGAAAGUUAUUACUAUUUUAAUGCUGAUGUCAUUCUACAAAGAUCAUCCCAUUGGCAAUUAUACCAAGAUGUGUGAUGUCACACAUAAACAAUUUCCUCAUUAAUUUUGUAGGUAAUAUAGUAUAGAUCAUGUUUUCUUUUGAGUGCAAGGAUUUACUGCAAUAGUUUUACAAAAUUCAUCAUGGACAAAUAGCUGGAGCUAAAUCAGAAUUAAGCUAAACAAUAUUUAUUGAAAGAUUUUUUAACUUAUCAAAUGAGAGAGCUGUUUAUGUGUGACAUCUAUAUCUUGUUCACUUUGCCAAUGAGAUCUCCAUAGCAUUAACAUUCUCGACAUUCAUAUGCUCCUAAAUUUUAAUUCAGAAGUGAGAAGAAAACAAAAAUUUAAGCAGGCCUAUAUGAAGGUUUUUCAAAAUAUGCUGGUGCCACCCUGGCUUUCUUGUUGCAUGUCUAAUUUUCAUUGUACUUUAUUCAUCAAGGGUUUCAUUCUCUUUAAUUCCUUCAAGAUAUUUUUAUAGCAUUUGCAUCCUAAAGGGGCAGUCACAUUUGGACAUCUUAGCUAGGGUAUGCUGACAUUCCGUGUGUGUGGCCAGCCGUUUUCCCUUUUAAUCUUGUUUCUUAUCAAGCAUUCCAUUCUUCAUAUUAAGAACUGCAGUUUGUUUGUAAACACAAAAUAUCAAGAAUUCAAAUUCUUCACAUGAAGAAUCAUAUGUGUAGUAAACAAUAAGGCGAUUCUUGAUAUAAAAAAUUUGGAUUAAGAAAAUGACUUGCCAUAGCCUAGGUAUGUCAGUGUACACUGGCUAAGAUGUUCAGGUGUGACUGUACCUUUAUUCUCUUACUUUUUGUUCUUAUUUAUUAAGGUUCAGUUGUAAUAACAGUCUUAGUAGUAGAAAACUGAAAAUGAAAGCGUUUGAAGGCAGUUGGCAACUUUGUCCGAGUUCAUUGAAUUCACUGAUUCAGCCGGUACUUCAUUCACAUUUGCACACCUUAAAGGUCAAGUCGACCCCAGAGAAAUGUUGUUAUGAAUAAAUAGAGAAAAAUCAAACUAGCAUAACGCUGAAAAUUUCAUCAAAAUCGGAUAUA